UGUUUGCACAGUGCCAGUAUCCAGCCUGCGACUCCAGGGUUCAGUCGAGACUGUUGUCUGACCAUGAGAAUUUGGUGGCUUCUGCUGGUUUGGGGCGCAUGCACUAGGACUGCGUUCUCCCAGGACACAUGCCGGCAAGGACACUCCGGCAUCCCUGGGAAUCCAGGCCACAAUGGCCUACCUGGAAGAGAUGGACGAGAUGGUGCCAAGGGUGACAAAGGAGACGCAGGAGAACCAGGACAUCCUGGUGGUCCAGGGAAGGAUGGAAUUCGUGGAGAGAAAGGAGAACCAGGAGCAGAUGGAAGAGUUGAAGCGAAAGGCAUCAAAGGUGAUCCAGGCUCCAGAGGAUCUCCGGGGAAACAUGGCCCAAAGGGAUCCGUUGGUCCUAUAGGAGAGCAAGGGCUGCCAGGAGAGACUGGCCCUCAGGGGCAAAAGGGGGAUAAAGGCGAGGUGGGCCCCACUGGACCCGGAGGAUUAAUGGGCAGUACUGGACCUUUGGGUCCCAAGGGCUUACCUGGCCCCGUGGGCCCCAUUGGCAAACCAGGUCCCAGGGGAGAAGCUGGACCCAUGGGCCCCCAGGGGGAGCCGGGAGUCAGAGGAAUGAGAGGCUGGAAAGGCGAUCGAGGAGAGAAGGGGAAAGUUGGUGAGGCCCCCGUCGUACCCAAGAGUGCUUUCACUGUGGGGCUCACGGUGAUCAGCAAGUUCCCUCCCCCAGAUGCACCCAUUAAAUUUGAUAAGAUCCUAUACAAUGAACUGAACCACUACAAUGUAGCGACGGGGAAGUUCACCUGCCACGUGGCGGGCGUCUAUUACUUUACCUACCACAUCACCGUGUUCUCCAGGAAUGUGCAAGCAUCUCUGGUCAAAAAUGGGGUAAAAGUCCUGCACACCAAGGACAGUUACAUGAGCUCUGAGGACCAGGCGUCCGGAGGCGUCGUGCUGGAGCUGAAGCUCGGGGACGAAGUGUGGAUGCAGGUGACAGGAGGAGAGAGGUUCAAUGGCUUAUUUGCAGAUGAGGAUGACGAUACCACGUUCACGGGCUUCCUGCUGUUCAGCAGCUCUUGACACAGGGACUCUGUAUGUGGGCCUCACAGAGGGUUCUCUCUGCUGGGGAAUGUGGUACCCACAGAACUAGCUUGGGGAGGGUGGGAUGUGACUGCAUCCAUUCCUCGAAUUAUCGCAUCAACCCUAAAAUGUAUACAUGGGAAGUUAGUCCUACAGAUUCUGUCAUUUGAACACAUGAAUGAACACUAAGAGCCACCAGCAAUGCAUCAGUGUCCCCUGAAGGCUUCCCCUCCGUGUCACUGAAUGAAGACUGAGUUCAGAUUUGAAUUCUCUAGUUCAUGAAUCCUGUGUCUUUCCCACCCCACCCCCACCCUGGCACCCCUGAUCUGUCUGCUGUAUAAGUCUGAAUCCGCAUCAGCCUGAAGAUUGUCUUGUGAAUCUAAGGGUUUUGCUCUCUCUUUUAUUGAGCAGUACAAAAGACAACAAACGGAGAAAGGGAUGAGGGAUACUUCAUAGACAUCUUUAACAGAGUCUUACACUGACUCCAAGUGUUCCCAACUCACCCAGAUAACAAACAAACAUUAAGUGGGGUUGGGGAGGGGAAAGGGAAGGAGAUGGGGUGUGGAGGAGGAGAGGAGAGACUAGGUCUGUCAUGGGCUUUUGAAGACUCAAGGGCCUCUCUCAGUUACACAUCUCCUCUAACAAGGCCACACCCAGUCCUUCCCAAACAGUUUCACUAACUGGAACAUUCAAACAUAUGACUCUGGGGGGCUCCAUCCUCUCUCUCCUUAUUCAAAACGCCACAGUAAUGCAAGGGGUACUUUCAUCACAAUGCAUUGCCACAGUUGUAUGUGUGUUACCUGGAAUCUCUUAAAGAGUAAAAGAAUAAGCAGUGA